UUUAGAGAAAUAUACGGGGAAUUUUGAAAUUAUUCUUUCGAUUGAUUUAUUUUCACUUGGCAUUGACAAUGUUGACACACGCACAAAAUAUUAAUCAGAGAACACAUAUACAUACGCACAGCUAGCACGCAUCAAGUCAUUUAACAACGGACUAAUUAUUAUUAUUAUUUGCAAAAGUAUUGCCGUUUUGCACAUACACACACAUACUCACACUCAUACAUACAUAAAAAUGACGACAGUUGACAGCACGACCAUCAUUGAGGUUAUGUGUGUUUGAUGAUUUAAUUCAAACGUGAUCGUUGCAUUGAAAAUAGUGGUAUUAAGUUCAAAUUCAAUUUAAAUUGUCGAACAUUUCUAACGGAAAAUAAAACGUAAUGGCUGAACCACAAAUGGCCAAGGAUGCUGUUUUGGCAAAAAGUGAAAAAUUGCCAGAUGUAACACCGGUCGUUAAGGGUUACGAAUGGAACAAUGGAAUCGAUUAUGAUCAAUUGCUCAGCUCAUAUAUUCAUUCUGGAUUUCAAGCGACCAAUUUGGGAAAAGCCAUCAAUGAAAUCAAUCGAAUGUUAGAUUGUCGAGAAAUUCCAAUGCGCGAUGAAGAUAUUGAUUUUUAUGAAGACGAUGAAUUCAUUCGACGGAAAAGCAAUUGUACAAUAUUUUUAGGUUUUACAUCGAACAUCGUAUCAUCUGGUUUACGUGAAACGAUUCGAUUUCUAGUUGAACACAAAAUGAUUGAUUGCAUUGUUACCACUGCCGGUGGCGUUGAAGAAGAUUUGAUUAAAUGUUUGGCACCAACAUUUAUCGGUUCAUUCGAUUUGGAUGGGAAAACACUUCGAGAGAAGGGCAUCAAUCGAAUUGGAAAUUUACUAGUUCCGAAUGAUAAUUAUUGUAAAUUCGAAAAUUGGGUUCUACCCAUACUUGAUGAAAUGCUCAAUGAACAAAAGACAACGAAUAUUUUAUGGACACCAUCGAAAAUCAUUGAGAGAUUGGGACAACGGAUAAACGACGAAUCAUCGAUAUAUUAUUGGGCAGCAAAAAAUAAAAUACCAGUAUUUAGUCCGGCAUUGACCGAUGGAAGUCUUGGUGAUAUGAUGUACUUUCAUUCACAUCGUAAUCCUGGAUUGGUCGUUGACAUUUUAUCCGAUUUGAAGAGACUCAACACAAUGGCAGUGAAAGCAAUACAUUCAGGUGUUAUCAUUGUUGGCGGCGGUUUGAUUAAGCAUCACAUUUGCAAUGCAAACCUAAUGAGAAAUGGUGCUGACUUUUCCGUUUUUCUGAACACGGCCUCUGAGUUUGAUGGCAGCGACAGUGGUGCCAGACCUGAUGAAGCCGUCUCUUGGGGUAAAAUCAAAAAAGAUGCAACACCAGUGAAAAUCUAUGCAGAAGCAACAUUAAUAUUACCAUUGUUAGUUGGCCAAACAUUUGCUAAGCGACAUUUUUUGAAUAAAGACAAACAAAAUCCGUAAUAUUGAUGAAACAUA